AUGGCUCUAAAUAUGAACGACAAAGAAUAUCUGGCUUCUCAAAUUAUCCCAGAGGUUGAUUUCAACCUCACAACCAAUGGAAUUACCUUAACAAGUGAAAGAAUUUCAACCCCUAGAUUUAUUCCUUUUGAACAUGGUGGUCGCUGCCGUGAGUGUAAAAGCACUGAAGUUGAAUUAGAUUUUAUUGUUACAAAAGAAGGGGUAACAAUCUAUUGUACUCGUUUAUCGAUACCUCGCUUCGUGCCUUUUGACUGUAUUUAUGACUUACCAGGGCAUUGUUUCUUCAAGGUUAUUUUUGUUCUAAACACAAAAAUUAAUUGUAAAUUAAGAUCAAAAAUAAAGGCCGCGUUUUGA